CUCUUCGCCAUCUACCACUUGGGACCCAAGCUCUGUCCUUCCUCACCAGACUGAGGCCACCUCCUGAGCUGCAUUGUCCUCUGCCCCCGCCAGCACCCCACAGCCCACACCCCACACGGUGCUGGAGCAUGUACCUGCAGAUGAAAUGGCCUCUCCUCGAUGUCCCCUCCAGUGCCACAGUGAAGGACACGAGGUCACCAUCUCCAGCACACUUGUCGAACAAAGUUCCUGUUGUUCAGCACCCGCAUCACAUGCACCCAUUGACGCCCCUCAUCACCUACAGCAACGACCACUUCUCCCCAGGAUCCCCUCCCACACAUCUCUCCCAGGAGAUCGAUCCAAAGACAGGAAUCCCCCGGCCUCCUCACCCAUCUGAGCUGUCACCGUAUUAUCCACUCUCUCCUGGAGCUGUCGGACAAAUCCCCCAUCCCCUCGGCUGGCUUGUCCCACAGCAGGGGCAGCCCAUGUACUCCAUUCCUCCUGGUGGCUUCCGGCACCCUUACCCGGCGCUGGCCAUGAACGCCUCGAUGUCCAGCCUGGUCUCCAGCCGGUUCUCCCCUCACAUGGUGGCUCCUGCCCAUCCUGGCCUGCCCACCUCAGGGAUCCCCCACCCAGCCAUCGUCUCACCCAUCGUCAAGCAGGAACCGGCGGCCCCCAGCCUGAGCCCCGCGGUGAGCGCGAAAUCCCCAGUCGCCGUGAAAAAGGAGGAAGAGAAAAAGCCCCACGUGAAGAAGCCUCUGAAUGCCUUCAUGUUGUAUAUGAAGGAGAUGAGGGCCAAGGUGGUGGCCGAGUGCACCCUGAAGGAAAGCGCGGCCAUUAACCAAAUCCUGGGAAGAAAGUGGCACAACCUGUCUCGAGAAGAGCAGGCCAAGUACUAUGAGCUGGCCCGGAAGGAGCGGCAGCUUCACUCCCAGCUCUACCCAACCUGGUCUGCCCGGGACAACUAUGGUAAGAAAAAGAAAAGGAAGAGAGAAAAGCAGCUGUCACAGACACAGUCCCAGCAGCAAGUCCCCGAGGCAGAGGGUGCUCUGGCCUCCAAGAGCAAGAAGCCAUGCAUCCAGUACCUGCCCCCUGAGAAGCCCUGCGACAGCCCUGCCUCCUCCCACGGCAGCAUGCUGGACUCCCCUGCCACGCCCUCUGCAGCCUUGGCCUCGCCCGCUGCCCCGGCGGCCACCCACUCAGAGCAAGCCCAGCCCCUCUCCCUCACCACCAAGCCUGAGGCCCGGGCACAGCUGGCUCUCCACUCGGCCGCCUUCCUGUCAGCGAAGGCUUCAGCCGGCUCCCCGGGCCAGCUGGGCAGCCAGCCUCCCCUGCUGUCGCGGCCACUCCCCCUGGGGUCCAUGCCCGCAGCUCACCUGCUGUCGCGGCCACUCCCCCUGGGGUCCAUGCCCGCAGCUCUGCUGACCUCGCCCCCUGCCUUCCCCGCCUCACUCCAUGCCCACCAGGCCCUCCCUGUGCUACAAGCCCAGCCUCUGUCCUUGGUCACCAAGUCUGCCCACUAGGCUGCCCCCAUCUAUGCAGGCUGUCGUGUGACUCGUCGAGUAGUAAUGAUUCAGAAAAAGAAGAAAAAAGAGGAAACUUUAUUGGUCAAUAUUUGACCACUCUGGACUGUUCUGUAAAGUGGCUGGUAACAACAGCACUUUACAUUUUUGUAGAUGUAACCAGUAGCUGAUCUUUAGGCUUUUCUAAAAAAAACAAAACAACAAAAAAAUCUUUACAAGAAAGAGAACUGAAGAGUAGUGUGUUCUCCCUGUGUGUGCUGUGGUGGACGAGCCUGGGCAGAAGACACCUUCUCUACCUCUCCCUCUCUCGCUCCUACCCUCCUGUCUCCUUAUUAGCCGCUCCUGCCCCAGCUGCCCCCUCAGUCUGUGUGGUCGGCAUGGCCUGGGGUCCCAGCCAGGUACCGCUUGACCGAGACCCAUUCCUCCACAUCUCUUGGGUCCUGGCCCAAGUUUUGUCAAGUGGUCACCACCGUGGGUUCUUCCCUCUUUGUCCUCUGCCCAGCGUAAGGCCACGACCAUGCGCGAAGACAUCUUGGCCUGAUUUGUUUCCACCGCCUCCCCUCCUCCCCUCACCCUCGGGGAGGCCCUGGGUUCCAUCCCCAGCACCACAAAACCCUGCCAGCUUCCAGCUUGGGGUGGGGAAAGAGGGCCUGUGAAAUGGUCCCCGCCCUCCCUGCAUUUAAAGGGACUCAAGAUGCCUGCCACUUGCACAGUGAAGUCUGGGUUCCUUCCCCCGCCAGUUGAGAUCUAUACCCCACAGUUCCAGAGUGGCAGCAGGACCUGGCCCUGCAGUCUGGCUCCUGCCACCUGGCUCCGUGCUAGCACAAGCUGCCAAAGUUCCAAGACCCUCUGCCUCUCCGUCGCCUCACAUGCUUCUCCUGUGUGUAUUUCAUUUUGUUUUUAUGGUUUUUGGAGCAAUUUUAACUCCCAGUUGUUUAUUUUCACA